GCUCGGAUAACUCGGCCACGUACGUCCCCCCGGCCUCCGGAAAACUUGGCUACGUCUCCCUCCCCACCUCCCCGGAAUAAAUCCGUGACAAGCGACAUGCCAUGGCCCCGCACCGCAGGUCUCUCUCCCUCCCCCUUGGCCUCUCGCUCUGUAUCUCUCCUCUCCGACGGAAACAGCCAUCUCUGAUCCUCCUGUGUGGCCGCCGAGAUGAUUGCGCGCGGCCUGCUCCGAUCCAAUUCCUCAACGCAGGCAAGCAAAUUAGUGAAGUAUUUAACCAGCGCCGGGAGCUUACAAGGGCAUGCAGAGAGCUUGUCAGAUGCAUCGGUCAGACAUUUCAGUUCAGCGUCGUCUCCUCAGACUAACUCAACUGAAGAAAAUGGGUUUAAGGGGCAUGGCAUGUUGGCACCAUUCACAGCUGGAUGGCAGAGCAAUGAUGUGCAUCCGCUGGUUAUUGACAGAUCUGAGGUUGCGACUCUCUAAUUCUAGCAUUAUACUGCAUGCUAUGGUUGUGAGCUAUGUAUCUAUGUUUGCCUUAUACAAUGUUAACAUGAAUAUGCAGGGGUCUUAUGUUUAUGACAUCAACGGGAAUAAGUAUCUAGAUUCUCUAGCAGGACUCUGGUGUACAGCUUUAGGUGGUAGUGAGCCUCGAUUAGUCAAAGCUGCAACUGACCAAUUAAACAAGUUGCCCUUCUAUCACUCCUUCUGGAACCGUACAACCAAACCAACAUUGGAUCUUGCAGACGACCUUCUUAGCAUGUUUACUGCAAGCAAAAUGGGAAAGGCAUUCUUCACAAAUAGCGGUUCGGAAGCAAAUGACUCACAUGUCAAACUAGUAUGGUAUUAUAACAACGCAUUGGGGAGGCCAAACAAGAAAAAGUUUAUUGCACGAUCAAAAGCAUAUCACGGAUCAACAUUAAUAUCAGCUAGUCUCACUGGUCUUCCUGCUCUGCACCAGAAGUUCGAUCUACCAGCACCUUUUGUUCUGCACACAGACUGCCCUCACUACUGGCGCUUCCAUCUUCCUGGUGAGACAGAAGAAGAAUUUGCAACAAGACUUGCCAAAAAUUUAGAGGAUCUUAUCCUCAAGGAAGGACCAGAAACAAUUGCUGCGUUCAUUGCUGAGCCUGUCAUGGGUGCUGGUGGUGUCAUCCCUCCUCCAAAGACCUAUUUUGAUAAGGUUCAAGCUGUGGUUAAGAAGUAUGACAUCCUUUUCAUAGUAGAUGAGGUCAUUACCGCAUUUGGAAGGUUGGGAACCAUGUUCGGAUCUGAUAUGUAUAACAUCAAGCCAGAUUUAGUCACCUUGGCCAAGGCUCUUUCGUCUGCGUAUGUGCCCAUUGGAGCAACUCUUGUUAGCCCCGAAAUAGCAGCUGUGGUUGAUUCUCAGAGCAAUAAGCUAGGUUCAUUUGCUCAUGGCUUUACAUACUCUGGCCAUCCAGUUGCUUGUGCUGUUGCCAUUGAAGCGUUGAAAAUCUAUCGGGAAAGGAAUAUUCCUGAUCAUGUGAAGCAAAUUGCUCCACGCUUCCAGGAAGGAUUGAAGGCCUUUGCAGGAAGCCCAAUUGUUGGGGAGAUCCGUGGUGUAGGGUUGAUAAUUGGAACUGAAUUCACCGACAACAAAUCACGAGAUAGCCCAUUCCCUGCUGAAUGGGGUGUUGGUGCUAUCUUCGGACAGGAGUGCCAGAAGCGUGGCAUGCUGGUUAGGGUUGCCGGCGAUAGCAUUAUGAUGUCACCGCCAUUAACAAUGACCGCUGGCGAAGUUGAGGAGCUGGUGAGCAUAUACGGAGAAGCUAUGAAGUCCACGGAGAUGAAAGUGGCGGAGCUCAAAUCGAAGAAAAACUAGACAAGAUGCAGCACAACGACGAUGAUAAUGUCGACUGCGGCGUUGGUCUCGGAUGUGUACAGAAUAAUUCCUCGCUAUCAGGUGGUAAUAACGCACCGGAACGGACGCUGUUCUUGAUGCGCGGAAUGGCAAGGCAAAGCAUUCUUUCACCGAGCAAUGGUGAUUGACGACUUGAUUACAGACAAGAUAGAUUUGGCACAUUCUUACCUGUAAAGAUAAUUUGCCAAAUAAAGCCGUUUAUAAGCUUUGCCACUUUGAUAAUCUCUUGUACUGACACAAUUUGAAAGAAUUCCUUUGAGAUC